AUGAAGAUGCGUAAACAUUUAAUCGAAUUCUGCAAUAACAGCAGUAUUCACGGGGUUCGAUAUAUUGCCGAAAGAAAUCGACAUUGGUGCGAAAGCACGGCUCCUCAAUUGAUGACUGUAAAUACCAAUAAAAAUAUAUCACAUUGGAGUGUGGAAGGUGGAUACAAAAAAGGAUUAUCAGACCAGUAUCCGUUUCGCUUAUUCAGUGCCGAUGAAGAGAGAGCAUCAUUAUUUAUAUCGAUGCAACUUUCUGUCGACGAUUUCAACUACUUGUGCGCUGGAGUCGUUCAAGGUUUUGACAUAUCCUUGACUAUGCCAGGUGAAAUACCAAGAUCAAUGACCCGUAAUUUUCAAAUUUUACCAUCCGAAAAUGUAUAUCUCUUGAUGAAACCGAAAAUGUAUACCACAUCAAAUGAACUACGCCGCUAUUCACCGAGUGAAAGGAAAUGUUUUUUCAACUCUGAACGUCGAUUGCAUUUCUUUCAAUUCUAUACGCAAAACAAUUGCGAAGGGUAUGAAAACACAAGAAUCUGUGGAGCAGCGAAAAUUGAGUGCUAUCAAAAUGCCGAAAUGAAAUUGUUUGAAGAAGGUGAUUCAAACAAUGAUAACAUUCGAAUAUUUCGUGAUAUUUGCAAUUGCUUACCAGCUUGCGAUUAUUUCAUAAAAUACACCGCCGAAAUCGAUCGCACCACAUUUGAUCGGUCAAUGAAGGCAUUGGAUUCUCUCAAGUGGCUAUCAAAUUUGUCCGACAUCCAAGUGUCACUUGUAUCCAUAUCUUUUGUUGAGUAUCAAGUUGUUACCCUACUACGCUCUGAAUCCUACACUUUUAUGGGAAUUAUAGGAUAUUGUGGAGGAUUGCUUGGGCUAUUUUUGGGCAUAUCGCUGCUAAGCAUCGUGGAAAUGAUUUACUUUGCAACCUUCCGAUGGUUUUGGAGCCCUCGGCGUUCGAGAAAUGAUAAUGUGGUGAUUUCAUUCAAACGACCAACUCUUAGGCAAUAUGCCACAUAUAGUGAUCGAGCUGUAUUUAACUAUAUGUAA